CCGCCGGGGCGAGCCGAACCGGGAGCCGCGGGGAGCGGGGAGGCUGCGGCCGGGGCCGGGGGCCGGGCGCCCAUCACCGUUCCGCCCGCCCCAUGGCUCUACCCGGGGCGCCGGGCGUCGCUCUCCCCGCUCCGCCCGCCCGGCGCCCGGGGGGUGGCCGGCCCUGAGCCGGUAACGCUACCGUCGCGACCGAAGUAAAGUGGCCCCCGGACAAUUCUUGUGCCACGCAAAAGCCCUGAGAGGGGAGGAAGAAGAGGAGGAGGAGGGGGAGGAAGUAAGAAAAGGAGAAGGGGAAAAAAAAAAAGACAAGGAAGCGCUUGGACUGGAGCCAAAGGGGGUCUGGAUCGUGACGGAUGGGACCCUGGGCUCCCCAGGACGCCUGCACCCAGCUGGGAGACCCCCACCACCCGGUGUUGGAGCUGGCGACCCCAGAGUGAGGGCCCGACGCAGGGAGCACCAUCGCUCCGCAGGGACACCCAGCCCUGCGUCCCCCUCCCCGGCACUGGGGAGCAGGCAAGGCGUGAGCCGCUGGAUUUUAGCUUCCUGGGACAUCCGAGGGACUCUUCCUCUUCCUCCUCCUCCUCCAGCUCCACCGCAGCAGCCAGGUGAAACCCUGCCCGACCAGGCAGCACUCACCUUCUCCGCUCGCCCCAUGGCCACCCCACAUCUCCCCACGGCCACCGGCUGAGCCCCCUCUGCAGCAUUCCCGAUUCCGCAUGGUGCAUCCUGACCCUGCUCCCCGCUCCAAACCGGAGCCCCCCGACCUCGCAGGGAGGCGAGCGUGCGGCUGGGACUUUCCUGGAGGCAGGGGAACGUUAAGAUGUUGAAAGCUCCCCGGCCGAGAGGGGCUGCGUGGACGCCAGGCCACCCGGCUAGAGGGGAGCAGGAUGGACAGAGCCGUUGGGGCCGGGAACUGAGGCCGGUAGGGAAGGAUGGACUCCCGGACCUGCCAGGACAGGCAACCCAGUGACCACCCCAGCAGCAGCAGCAGCAAUUGUAGCAGCGGCAAGAGUAAUUGUGAAAGGGAAAGGAUCCGGAGUCGGAUGAAAAUGGUGAUCGGGCAGCUAGAAGGCAUCUUACAGGAGCUCAAGGAGGUGGCCAAGGAGCUCCGGGAGGUGGUGAGCCAGAUCGACCGACUGACAUCCGACUUCGAGUUCGAGCUGGAGCCGGACGACUGGACAACAGCAACGGCCAGCAGCACCUCCAGCAGCGAGAAGGGGGGAGGCGCCUUCGAGCUGGGACCCCUCGAUUUUGUCGCCUCCGACAUCCUCUCCGACAGCUGGGAAUUCUGCUCCUUCCUGGAUGCUUCCACCCCUUCCGACCCUGGUGAUGGUCCCGAGCCCCCCCGUCCGCAGCCCCCGCCGGCUCGUCAGCCCGAUUACCGGCUGAUGAACGGGGGGAUCCCCAUCACCAACGGUCCUCGGGGUGGGGGGACCCCGGAUUCAUCCAGCGAGGAAGCCUUCGGCACAACGGCCGGCCAGAAGAUCUCGCAUCACCGGCCGGCUGGCACGCGGGAACGGGUCCGAUUCAGCGACAAGGUGCUUUACCACGCUCUGUGCUGCGACGACGACCGGGAUGGUGACAGCACGGUGUCUCCGGGGGAUGAUGGCCCUGAGGAGCCUGGCCGUAAGGUGCUGGCGGGGCCACCCUCGAAGCAUCCUUCCACCAGUGGUGGUGGUGGACCCCCGGCGCGGCGGCUGACGAGGAACAGCAGCACGCAGACCGUAGCCGAUAAAAGCACCCAGACGGUGCUGCCUUAUAUCCCGGCCAAGCAGAAAAUUAAAAAUAAAAACUGACGCCAGCUCCGCCGCACGGAUUUGGGGAGGGCGGGUGGAUGGGGGGAUUCCUGGGGAGGGACAGAAAAAAAAAAUAUAUAUAUAUAUAAAUAUAUAUUUAAAUAAAUCAAUACUAAUAAUAAAAUCAACAUGAAAAGGUGGCAAAGAAGACAAAUGUCCCAACUACCUACCCAUCAUUUUCGAGGCUCAGGGAAUUUUCAAACUGUUUUUUUUGUGGACAGAAGCUUCAGAUCAAUAAACCGUCCAUCAUGGAGAAAUAAUAACAAUAA